UUCCACCAGUGUGUGAGCGAGACGGCUGACGAGACAGACGGAAAAUAAAGUGGCACAUGUCAGAAACCUGCUUCGCCCAAGACUGAAUCACACACAACGACCUGAACCUCGAAAAAAUGAACACCUCCAGUAACGACUCCUGCGACGGCGAGUGGAGCGCCGAUUUCCAGUUCUACCUCUUCCCCAUUACCUACAUCUUAGUGAUGGUGUUCGGUCUGCUGGGCAAUCUGGGUGCUCUGUAUAUCUUCAUCUUCAAAACAGAGCACAAGUCCCCCUCACGUGUUUACAUCAUCAGUCUGGCGGUGGCCGACACCGCCUUCCUGUGCGUCCUACCAUUCCGAAUUCACUAUCACCUCAACGGAAACGACUGGACCUUUGGGAACGUGGCAUGCCGCCUGACGGGGACGCUCUUCUUCUCCAACGUCUACAUCAGCAUCGCAUUCAUGAGCUGCAUCUGCGUGGACCGCUACCUGGCCACCGUCCAUCCCCACACGUACCUACGCCUCCGCAACACACGCUGCUCGGUAGCAGUGUCCGUCUGCGUUUGGGGGUUUGGAGGGGCGACUAUUUUAGCCUUCAUGCUCACGUCUCCGGACAUGCACAAGACCCAGGGGAGAACAAGCUGCUUCGAGAACUUCUCAGAAAAUGAAUGGAAGACAAGUCUGGCCCCGUACAGCGCCUUCAGUCUGAUUUUCGGUGCUUUGCUUCCAUCAAUCGUCAUCCUGGUGCUCUACCCAGUUGUGGCGCGUCGCAUCGCGCGGAUCAAGACGCGAACGGCGCGCGGUGCCCUGAGGAUCAUUUACACCAUCCUGGCCAUCACCGUCCUCUGCUUCUUGCCGUAUCACUUCGUGUACUUUCUGCACGUGCUGUGGAGAACUCAAGUCAUUCAUAACUGCUUGCUGGCGGACGGUAUCUACAAAGCCAGACGCGUUACCAUGGCGCUGGUCAGCAUGAACAGCUUACUCGACCCAGUGCUUUAUUACUUCGCUACCAGCCACUGCAAGUGGAACUGCAAGAGAAACUUCAAGUUGCUAAAGCCGAAGAAGAGAAGAGGCAUCUACGCCAUCUCGGAGAGCUUAUAAGCUCAGUGAAGAAACAUUUAUAUAUAAUGUUAUACUGAUAUUUGUACACACACACACACACACACAAACUAUAAGGGCAUAACUAUCAGGACACCUGACUUUUCUAGCUAUAUGUGAUUCAUCCUCAAACUAUUAGCACAAAAUUGGAAAAACACAAUUGUAUAGGAUAUAUAUACACACACACACACACACACACCGAGCAGGUAUAACGUUAUGAGCAGUGAAGUAAA